CAUUUAACGGUAUUCCACGAACAAUGACACUUGGGUUGUCUAAGGCCUGAACGACACAGAGAUUGGGGGACCACUCUGAAGUUGUUAAACGGGAAGCUGGUGUGGACACUGAAGAUCUGUUUUCUGUUCCUCCUAUGGGGAAAAAAAAGGUCUUUAGAGAUGUACUGGAGUAGAACUUGGGACCUUUGAUGAAGAGCAUGUGUCUGAAUCUGAAGUCAACUUGGGACAUUACUCAGCCUUCAGGAGACGGUUGGCAUUGCUUCUUACCUCAAAGAGAGAUUGCAAGUGCGGAAUGUAUGUUGACGGUCGUUCCCGGCGACUGAAGCGAGAAAUUUGCACUGCAGAAGUUGGACUGUCUUCCCCCAGUGAAUAACUUAUAACUAUCCUGGACUGCUUAAGGUGAAGUGAGGCUCACAGCAAAGCAGAAAUGGAUGUGUUUGGUGGUGCACCACGUUUCUUGGCCUAUCCGAGACCCGUGGUGGUACAAAGUGGAACUGAUGCAGUCCUGAAGUGUCAAAUUGGUGGUGAUCCAAGGCCUGCAGUUAUCUGGGAGCGAAACAAUGAAAAGAUUGACCCACAGGGACGAUACAGGGUCUUCGAGGAUGGAAAUGUUUACAAUCUUAUCAUUUCAGCUGUGACCACCGAGGAUAGUGGCCAGUACAUAUGCAAAGCAAAGAAUAGCAUUGGGGAAACAUACGCAGCGGCCACACUAAAGGUGGAAGGCGAAGCACAAGAGAUGGAGUUCCGAGAGGAAAAUAAGCCACGAUUCCUCAUCAAGCCCCUCUCCACUCGCGCCGGUCGUGGGGAUGAUGCUGUCUUCUCUUGUAAGCUCUGGGGAAACCCACGACCAGAGGUUGUCUGGGAAAAGGAUGGCAGGAAACUCAAUGAAAUAUUUGAAAGUACACAUUUCACUGUGGGCUUCCAGGACGGUGGAUGGUUCCAGCUCAAGAUCUUUAAGACUCGUGCUCCAGAUGGUGGUGUAUAUACAUGCAAAGCCAGGAAUGAGUUUGGGGAAGCGUUGGCAGGAGCUGUGUUGCUGGUUGAUGCAGGCCCAUCACAUGAGGAAGAGGGAAAUCGUAAUGGCUACACGAAUGGCCACUGGAAAGCCCAUCAGGGAAAACAGAGGAGCGGUAGGCAAGUGUCAUAUCGGCUCAAAGACGACACCAUGACCAAGUCAACUAAAGUGAAAAUGUUUGCAGUGACAGAGGGUAAACAUGCCAAAUUCCGCUGCUUUGUGACUGGGAAACCCAAACCAGAAAUCAUUUGGAGGAAAGAUGGCAGGCUGAUACUGUCCGGAAGGCGUUAUUUGUUAUACGAGGACAGAGAAGGAUACUUCACACUUAAAGUUCUGUACUGUAAGCAGAAGGAUAAUGGAGUUUAUGUUUGUGCUGCGUCAAAUACUGCCGGGCAAACCCUCAGUGCUGUACACCUCUCCGUAAAGGAGCCGCCUGUGCAGUUCAAGCAGCCUCUCAUUGAUCUAGAAGUAUGGGAACGAGAUUUGGCUGUUCUCGAGUGUGAAGUUCCAGAGGACUCUGUUGCCAUCACAUGGUAUCUGGAGGAUAGACGACUGCAGCCAGGGGCCAAAUAUGGAAUGGAGGAGUGGGGAACAAAACGGCGACUAACUAUCCGUGACAUUGGAGUUGACGAUGAUGGGAUUUACCUCUGCGAGAUGCCCGACGGGGGCAGAAGCAUUGCAGAGGUAGCUGUGAAAGGGACAAUUUUGCGGAAGCUUCCAAGAAAAGUGGAUGUAUUGGAAGGUGAAAACGCUGCCUUUUGUGUUGAAGUGGAAAAAGAAGAAAUGGAUAUACAUUGGUAUAAAGAUGCAAUAGAGCUGCGUGAAACACAUCAGACCAUCCUUAAGUCUUUCGGUCGGACUCACAUCCUGGUCUUCGUCAAUACAAUGCCCCAAGACUCUGGCCUUGUGACUUUCCUUGUAGGCAGAUCCAAGACUUCCUCUAUGCUAAGAGUGAAAGCGGCCAGACAUUGUCCUCCCAGUUGUCCAGUGGCUGUGCAGAUUAACACAGAGCGUGCUAAUGCAGCUCUUCUCUCAUGGGUUCCUGCUCAGGACUCACGGAAGAACCCUCCAUCUGGAUAUGUGCUUGAGCGACAGGAAGUGGGCACUGGCUCACAGGAGUGGCUACAGUGUCUGACCACUGACUCUGCAACCUCUGUGGAGAUCCUUGGUGACAGCGUACCAUGUGAAGCCGAUUAUCGAUUUCGCAUCUGCAGUGUAAACAAAUAUGGAAAGAGCAACAAUGUUGAGUUCCCUAGAGCGGUUCACUUAGUUCCAGUUGCCAGAAUUCAAGCUCCCUUACAGGAUGCCUUGGUACCCGAGGGGCAAGAUGCCCAGUUCUCUAUUGAGCUUUCUGCUUCAGUUAUCGGUACGUGGUUCUUAAAUGGUACUCAGCUUCAGGAAGAUGAACAUUAUUCCAUGCGUCGGUCACGAACACACCAAUCUCUUCGCAUUCGAGGAGUACGUGAUACAGACAAUGGAGCCGAGAUCACAUUUAUCGCCUAUGGGAUCCGGGAUUCUGCAGCACUGUACAUUCAAGCUCCUCUUGUCAAGUUUUCACCAAUGUCAGAAAUGGAUCGAAACAAAUUUGUAGAAAUUGGAAACCCCAUAGUGCUCUACUGUGAGCUGUCAGACCCUGCAGCUCCAGUGCACUGGUACAAGAAUGGGGUGGAAUUACAGACAAUGGAGGGUCUGCAUAUCCAAUCAGAAGGCACCAUGAGAAGAAUUGUCAUACAAUCAGCAGAGUUCUCACAUUCGGGAGUGUAUUGCUGUGAUGCCAUUGAUGAUGUCAUCAGGUUCAAUGUGGAAGUAGAGGGUGAGUGGACCCCACCUGUGAGGUUUUCAGCAAUUCCAGAUGCGGAGAGGAACAAAACCAUCGAAACCGGCUACCCCAUUGUUUUAUGCUGUGAGCUCUCAGAUCCUUCUGCCCAGGUGCACUGGUACAAAGAUGGGUCAAAGCUCAAUCCUCAAACUGGAGUAGAAAUUCUAACUGAUGGCUUGGCGAGAAAAUUGAUUGUCCAUUCAGCAGAAUUUUUCCACGCUGGGUUAUACUGCUGCAAGACAAAGGGUGACACCAUCACGUUCAGUGUGGACAUCAAAGCUCCACCUGUGAAGUUCUCAGCAAUGCCUGAAGAAAUGAGGACCAAGUCGAUUGAAGCAGGCGGCACUAUUGUACUCCAGUGUGUGGUGUCGGAUCCUGAGGCCCAGGUUUGCUGGUACAAGGAUGAAAUGCAGCUCAUUUCAAACUCUGGAUUAGAAAUCAACUCAGAGGGCAACAUAAGGACGUUAGUUGUUCAGUCUGCAGAGCUGUGCCACUCUGGUGUGUACAGAUGCACUACACAGGAUGAUACCAUGGAGUUUCAAGUGGAGAUCAAAGCUAUACCUGUGACGUACUCUACUAUCUUUGACGUUGAGAGAACCAAGUCACUUGAAGCCGGCAAACUUUUGGAGCUGAAAUGUGAGGUUGCAGACUCCACUGUGCCUGUUUGCUGGUAUAAAGAUGCUGUAAAGCUUUGCCCGCAGAAUGAUUGGGAUAUACAGAGUAAUGGCACGUUGAAGAGACUCAUUAUCCCAUCUGCUGAGGUCUUGCCUUCAGGGCUAUACAGCUGUGAAACCUCUGACGACACUAUUCACUUCACUGUGGAUACUGAAGCUCCGAUGCUGCCGUUAUCACCCUCACCAGAGGUUGUGGAGACGCAGUCACUUGAAGCAACCUGCCCAACUGAACCAACAUGUGAAACCUCAGACCCUGCUUUCCAGGUGUCAUGGCAGAGGGAUAAAGAACAUGAUUCUAACAAAGAUCCUGAUUUUGAAAUGGGAGGCAUCAAGAAGACUCUUGUAAUUGAGCCAACUCAUCCUUCAAAUUCUGGAGCAUACUAUUGUGCAACAGCAGAUGAUGUUGCCCAAUUAAUAGUAAACAAUCAAGUGCCAGCUCCGACAUAUCUGCUUGGUCCUGGUGUCGUGAAGACUGAGUCUGCGGAAGCGGACUGCCAAAUUGUUCAGCAAUUUGAGAUUUCAGAUCCCAUUGCCAAAGCCUGUUGGUACAAAGAUGGAACCCAGAUCUACCCAAAAAGGGAAGCUGACUGUAAAUCACAGAGCAGCAGCCAAACCGUGCCCCUCCAGUUAGAUGCCUUGUCUGAUGAUGGGAGGUUUGGCUGUGAAACAUCUGGUGAUGAACAGUUAAAUGUGGACAUGAAAGCAGAGCAGUGUCACUGUGGUGACGAGAUUGGUGAGAUAGCUGAUGCAUCUGCCCAAUACACUGUGGAUGUCAAAGCUACAUCGCCAAGGCUCUCUUCUGAACAAGAUAAGAAGUCCACUGAAGAGGCUUUUCCUGUUGAAGUUGACUGCAUGUCCUCAAAAUGCAAUUCUGGCACCUUCUGUGGCGAGAGAGGAGAUGCACAGACAUACGAAGAACAUUCUAUUCAUAUGCCAACUUCCCAGUCAACAUAUGAAUAUAUGACUGAAUGGAUUACACCUAAACAACCAAAGGAGCUCUCUGAUGAUCCACAAACAACAAAUGCCCAAUCUCCUGUCUACUGUAACUCUGUAAAGCCAUCAAUGAUGCAAUCUGACACACACCAUCACACUAAUAAGCUCACAGAAUCACAUGGUGAGGAAUUCAUUUACUAUAUACAGCAUGCAAAAGCCCCAUCUGAAGAGCUUGAUAAUUCCCCGCAGACAGCUGUCCAGACAGAUGAGAUCUGUAAUGUUCAACAAACUGCAGCUGUUGAAUCAGAGGAAGCAACUCUCAAGACUCUAACUGUCCAAUCAGAUGAGCUACAUAGCACAAAACAGAUAUGGACUGUCCAGUCAGAGCUAGGUAACCCCUUACAGACUUCAACUGCCCAGUCAGAACACCUUACUAACCACUUACAGAUUUCAACAGUCAAAUCAGACAAGUUCUGUAACUCCUUAAAAAUGACAACUCUGCAGUCAGAGGAGCCCUUUAAAUCCUCAAACACUGUCCAACCAGAGGAGUCCUUUAAAUCCUCACACACUGCAACUGUCCAACCAGAAAAGUCCUUUAAAUCCUCACACACUGCAACUAUCCAACCAGAGGAGCCCUUUAAAUCUUCACCCACUGCAACUGUCCAACCAGAAGAGUCCUUUAAAUCCUCACACACUGAAACUGUCCGACCAGAGGAGCCCUUACAAUCCACACAUAGUGGAACUCUCCAAUUAGAGGAGCCUUUUAAAACCUUACAAACUGCAAUUGUCAAAUCAGAGGAGCUCUGUAGCUCCAUACAGCUGCCGGCUGCCCUGUCAGAGAAGCUUUUUGAUUGGGUACAAACUGAAACUGUCCAUUCAGAGGGACCCUAUAACUCCUUAUGGACUGCAACUGACCAAUCAGAGGAGUUAAACAGACCUCUACAGACAUCAACUGUCCGACUGUCCACUGCAUCUUCUCAAUCAUUGGACUUACAUAACUCUAAAGAGGCAGAAACGGUCCAACCAAAAAAGCAUUACAACUUGCGAAAGCAUGUCAGAUUGGAUGACCACACAGGCCAAGCAGUACCUAACCACUCGAAGGUGCUGUAUCAGUCCACAACAGUCCCAGCAGAGUGGAAUCAGACCAUGAAGGCAUCAGAAGACCAAGUAGACCAAAUAAUUAACUCUGGGCAGAGAUCAUCUACCCAGUUUGCAGAGCCUCAAUAUGUCAAGCAGACAUCUACUGUCCAAUCAGAAGAGAUCUAUCUAUCAAAGAUAUAUGACAGUCACUGGAGUGACAGUGUCACUGCAAAUAAGGUGGCUGUUGAAGCUCCACCCGUGAGAAUUACAACACGUUGGGAGGCUGAAAGGAACAAGUCUGUUGAAGUUGGUGAACCCAUAGUGCUGCGAUGUGAGAUAUCAGAUCCUAAUGGUCAAGUUAAUUGGUACAAGGAUGGAAUUAAUCUACAUGAAGCAGCUGGGCAAGACAUCCUGGCAGAGGGCUCCAUAAGAACACUGGCUAUCCAGUCAGCGAUGCCGUCUCAUGCAGGGAUUUACAGCUGCAAGACAACAGAUGAUGCAAUGCAGUUUCAUGUGGAUGUUGAAGCUCCACUUCUGAAGUUUUCAGCUUUAUCUGAGGGUGACCAGAAAAAGAUGGUCAUGACGGGCUUUCCCAUUGCUCUACAAUGUGAGCUGUCAGACCCCACUGGACAAGUCAGUUGGUACAAGGACGGAACAAAGCUCUUACCUCAAAAUGGAGUAGACAUCCAGUCAGAGGGAAAUUUGAGGAGUCUAGUUGUCCCAUCAGCCGAGCGGUCUCACACUGGCGUUUACCGUUGUGAGUCAAAGGAUGAUGACAUCCAGUUUGCUGUGGAAGUAAAAGCACUACCUGUGAAGUUCUCAGAGCUUCAAGAGACUGACAGGACCAAGUCCGUCCAAGAAGGUUCUCCCAUUGUCCUCAGCUGUGAUCUUUCUCAUGAUCCUUCUGCCCAUGUCGACUGGUAUAAGGAUGGGUUGAAACUCCUACCACAAAACAAUAUGGAAAUACAGUCAGAUGGUCUAACAAGGACACUGCUCAUUCACUCAGCUGAAAACAUACAUGGUGGCACCUAUGAAUGUUCAACAUCAGACGACACCAUUGCAUUUAAAGUGGACGUAGAAGGCCGAUCGCCACAGAUCAUGCCAAUCCCACUGUCAGAAAAAUACAAGAUGAUUGCAAUUGGUUGUCCAAUUAUCCUCCAGUGUAAGGUCUCAGACCCUCUCGCCCAGGUUUCCUGGUUUAAAGAGGAGUUGGAGCUUUUUUGCAAAACUGGCCUUGAUAUGAAAAGAGAUGGCACACUGAGAAAAUUAAUUAUCCAUUCUGCUAAGGUCUCUGAUUCUGGCCUCUACAGUUGUAGCCUGGCUGAUGAUGUUGUGGCAUUCCAUGUGGACGUCAAAGCCUCUCCUGUGAGGUUUUCAGCACUUCCAGAGGUCGCAAGAAACAAAUUUGUUGAAGCAGGCUACCCAAUUAAGCUGCAGUGUGAAGUAUCAGAGCCAACUGCCCAAGUCUAUUGGCACAAGGAUGGAGAGCAGCUAUUUCCAAAGAGUGAAUGUGAAAUCCAAACAAAAGAAAAUUUGAGAGCGUUGGUUAUUCCAUCAGCAGAAGUCAGACACUCUGGGUUGUACAGCUGUGAGGCCGCAGAUGACCGUAUAGAAUUCAAGGUGGAUGUUGCAGCUGUUCCAGAGGCUGAGAGGAGCAAAUCUGUUGACGCAGACAGCCCGAUCUAUCUGCAGUGUGAGAGCUCAGACCCUACAAGACAGACCGGCUGGUGUGAGGAUGGAAUAAAACUCGUGCCAAAAUCAGGAAUAAACAUCGAUUCAGGGGGCAAGGAAAGGGCACUGGUCAUGAAGUCGGCCACGUCUUCAUGCUCUGUGGUAUACAGUUGUAAAACUGAUGAUGAUUCAGAUUUCAACGAUUUCUAUGUGGAGGUGAAAGCGCCACCGGUAACAUUUGUUGAUAUCCCAGAGGAGGACCUUUUCAAGAGUGUCGUGGAAAAAGAAGAGUUUGUCCUGUCAUGUGAAAUAUCGAGGGCUGAUGGUGUUGUCCAGUGGUACAAAGAUGGAACUGAAAUGCAACCAUGCAACAAUAUCACAAUGCAAGCAGAGGGCACCACAAGGAAUCUGACAGUACAUUCAGCCCAACUGUCCGACACAGGCACAUACACAUGCCGUGCAGGAGACAACGUUCUAAUGUACAAGGUUAACAUACGAGAACCCCCGGUGGUGAUAAUUUACCCCAAGGAGGAUGUCCACCUUGACCGUCAUGUCCCAGAGGAAAUUAUUCUGAGCUGCGAAUUGUCUCGUCCAAAUGGUGUCGUCAGCUGGUACAAAGAUGGCCAAAAGCUGCAAGAGAGUGAAAACAUCAAGCUCAAGAUUGAAGGCCCUUAUCGACGACUGAAGAUUAUUUCUAGUGGAGUCGAAGAUUCUGGAGAAUAUGUCUGCGAUACAGCUGACGCUUCAAUAUUCUUUCACCUUAGUAUUACAGAACCUCCAGUGCGGAUUGUGUCCCCAAGUCAGUCCCAAAUGGAACUGUGCCAGCAGACCUCUGAGAGGAUGGUAUUGAGCUGCGAGAUUUCACGGCCCAACGCAGUGGUGCGCUGGUAUCGAGACGGACUCGAAGUGGAGGAGAAUGACAACCUUAUCUUAGAGGUGGAUGGUGUCUACAGAAGACUUAUUAUACCAGAAACUACCGUCAAAGAUUCAGCUGAAUAUGUCUGUGAUACUGCAGAUGAGUCUGUGACAUUCUUUGUAAACAUAGCAGAGCCUCCUGUUCGCUUCGUACGGCCAAGGAAGAUGGCAGGAAGAGUGGACAAAGUGGUUGGGGAGACUCUGGUUCUAGACUGUGAGGUUUCAAGAUCAAAUGCCGAGGUCACCUGGAAGAAGAAUGGGGAAGAAGUAGAAGACUCCAAAAAUAUCACCAUCCUUGAGGAUGGUGUCAUGCGUCAAUUAACCGUUCACUCGCUAACAAUGGAAGAUGCUGGACAAUAUGUCUGCGAUGCAAAGGAUGACGUGAUGGAUUUCAAUGUAAACGUGCAAGAGUUGCCUGUAAAAAUUCUUGGAAAAACCGAUGCAAAGACAGAAAAGCAGUUCUUAGUAUCAGAUGACAUCAUUCUUGUGUGUGAACUAUCAAGAUCCAAUGCCUCAGUCAGCUGGUACAAAGAUAAUCAGCUAAUUGAGGACACUGAGCGAUACUGUAGCGAGGAGCAAGGCGUUUUCCGAUCACUGGUUGUCUUAAAUGCUGGGCUCGAAGAUUCGGCAGAGUACACCUGUGAUGCAGUGGAUGAUAAGAUGGUCUUCUAUAUCACUGUCAAAGAGCCUCAAGUACAAAUCAUUGGAAACUCAGGCCACCCAGAGCAUCAUAUCCUGGUAGAAGGAGAUGACCUUAUUUUGGAGUGUGAGGUGUCUCGGUCAAACGCCACCGUUCAGUGGUUAUGCAAUGGCGUGAUACUGAAACCAGACACACGUAUAAAAAUUGACAGCUAUGACGUUGUGAGGAAGCUUGUCAUCUCUGGACUCCAGCCCUCCGACUCUGGAAAAUACAUUUGUGAUGCCAUCGAUGACAAACUGACAACAAUUGUUGAAGUCCAAGAGCUGCCAGUCAAGUUUGAGAAUAAAAAAGCAAAAAAUAACGUCUCAGGCUAUGAAAAUGAGAGUGUUACGCUGUGUGCCAUUGUGAGCCGAGAAAGAGCUAAUGUUCGGUGGCUGAAAGAUGGCCAACUAUUGAACGGGGACAACAUUCACAUCUCCAGUGAGGGUAAUACCCACAAGCUCACCAUUAAUCCCCUGCAGCUGUCAGAUUCUGGGCAAUAUGUCUGUGACGUAAACACAGAUGAGAUGUAUUUCAGUCUUUUAGUCAAAGAAAUGAAGGUGAAAUUUCUCCGACCACUGGAGAACGCUGUGUCUCUGAAGGGCAGUAGCCUUAUAUUACGAUGUGAGAUAAACAAGCCUAAAGGAGAUGUCCAGUGGCUAAAAGAUGGCCAAGAGAUCUCUCCAAGCCGUCGGCACACAAUAAGGGCACAAGGCCGCGAACGAAGCUUUACCAUCCACCAACUAGUGGAAGAAGAUGCUGGAGAAUAUGCCUGUGAAUCCACAGAUGACAGGACCUCAGCUACUGUCACUGUAGAAACGCCCCGUGUUGUUGAGUUCAUAGCAGAGCUUCGUAACAUCACGGUCUGUGAAGGAGAAGAUGCAGUAUUUAAGUGUGUGGUCUCACCAGAGGACAGUCGGUUGGUGUGGCGCUUAAAUGGCAAGCAAGUAGCUCUAAAUGAGCGCCCUGUCACUUCAAGUAACGGACUAUGCCACAUGCUCUGCAUCCACAACUGCAUGGUUUCAGAUAGCGGCAGAGUAACAGCUGAUGCAGAGGGGUUGGUAUCAGAGGCAGAACUCCACGUUCAAGAGCAACAGGUGUUGUUUACCAAGAAGAUGACACCAGUUGUAGCUGAAGAGUACAGUGAGGCAACUCUAGAGGUGGAGGUGAGUCUGGAUUCGGGAGAGGUGCAGUGGAUGAGGCAAGGGGUGCUGAUCCACCCUGGAGCCAAGAAUUCCCUGAAACACAAGGGCCGAAAACACAGUCUCACCAUCUACAAUCUGGCCAUGUCUGACCGGGGCACCUACAGCUGUGAAACCCUCCAUGACCGCACGCAAGCCCAGCUCACAGUGGAACCUCGAAAAAUCACCAUCAAGAAAGGGCUGACUGACAUUAAAACCACAGAGAGAGAAACGGCAUCUUUUGAGGUGGAGCUCUCCCAUCCCGAUGUCCAAGGCACCUGGAUGAGAAACGCAAUCCAGCUUAAGCCCACAAAUCACUUCCGUAUGAGUGCCAAAGGACAAGUCCACAGUCUCACUAUCUCCAACCUAUCAGUAGAAGACACUGGCACCUUUAUGUUCUGUGUAGAGAAUCUGAAGACGACUGCAAGGCUUGUUGUGAAGGAGCCUCCAGUGACCAUUUUCAGAAAACUGGAAGACCAGAAAUUCCCUGACGGUGCAGUAAUCUCUAUAGAGUGCGAGCUGUCAAGACACAACGUUGAUGUGAAAUGGAUGAAGAACGGGGUUGAGCUGAAGCCAAGCAAGGACUUGCGCAUUUAUGCAAUGGGAAGGAAACGGUUUCUUCAGAUCAUGAAAUGUCAUGUCAGUGAUUCUGGCACGUACACCUGUGAUGUUGGAGAUGCUACUACAUCCUGCACUGUGGAGGUCUAUGAGCGUGAGCUGCUGAUUCUGCAGCGCCUGGAGGACGUGGACAUCCAGGAAGAUCAGAACGCGGUGUUUGUUUGUGAGGUCUCGGUGGAGGAUGUGCCAGGAGAAUGGUACAAAAAUGGGGAGAGGAUACAACCCACCAGCACCAUCAAGAUACGGCAGGAAGGGACCAAACACUUUCUUCUUAUGUGCAAUGUGAAAGCAGAGGACUCUGGAGAGAUCAAGUUUGUCACCAGACAUGUUGAAUCUGUCGCUUCCCUGGAGGUGGAAGAGAUUCCCGUCAACAUUGUGAAGCCUCUGCAGGACACGACUGCCCUGGAGGAGAGCCGCGUGCUCCUCGACUGCACCGUGUCCAACCCCAGAUGUAGUAUCCGCUGGUACAAAGGCAGCAAUGUCGUGCUGCCCUCGGAACGCUUUGAGAUCUGCAGCGAAGGCUGUUAUCGGAAACUGAUCAUCCAGCAGGUGGUGCUGGAUGACGAGGGCACGUACAGCGUGCAGGUUGGAGAGUAUACGUGCUCUGCAAAACUGACAGUGGAGGCCAAGCCGGUGUUAAUGGUGAGCGAGCUGAAGGACGUGGAGGUCACGGCCCCUGGCGAAGCCCGCUUUGAGUGUGAGGUCUCAGUCCCUGUCCUCAAAGCUCCCGUGUGGAGUCUGAAUGGGGAGCCGCUACAGCCCAGCUCUCGGGUACGCCUGGAGAAGAUGGGCACGGUCCACAGGCUGACCCUCAGACACACCUCCCCGGACAUGAGCGGAGUGGUGGAGUUCACCUCUGGGAAAGCAAACAGCAGAGCCCAGCUUCGGGUAUUGAGUGAUCCGUGAGGGACAUCUUCUAUCUGUCAUCACCUAGUUGACACGGACUGAUUUAAUAUAUUAAUGCUUUUUAAGUUGUAACAUUGACAUUGCUUAUAUAUUUACAAACAGUAUGUCUAUAAAAAGUGGUUUAAACAGGGUUGUGAUGGAUUUUCAUGCAGUUCAGUUAAUUCAGGGAGUGGAUUUUCUUAUAGUAACUUGCCUUAAGAAUUGUCUUUAUGCAAUUUCGGUUUAUGAAAAAUGAGUCAUAGUCAGUGUGUGAAUACAUAUAAACAGAUCCAUUAUCACAAUACAAACUGCAGUUUGGAUGUAAACGAUGUCCUGUGUGUAAGUGGUCUGACUGUAACCGUGUUCAGGUUUGAGCUGAAUGUGUAUUUGUGCCAAUAAAUAUCUGAUUUAAAUACAAGGAUAUGGUUAGAAUGAUACAAGGAUGGAAGGUCUGUGUCAAGAGUUCCACAUAGUUUGAAUGCAAUCCACCCACAUUACAUGUAAAGAGACAUUUGACUUCAUAGGGUCAUUUCUGAAGCCAAGUGCUAAUGUAGAACAAAAACUAAAUCUCCAAAAUGUUUUAAUCAUCUUAUCUGAUUUUGUUCAGGCUGCAUACACACACUUAAUGUGUAUGUGGUCGUGGCUUUUUAAGAUAUUUUCCAGUUCAAAAAAAAAAUUACUUUUUGUUCCGGACGCAUUUCGGUGAACUCGAGUCAUCUGCUUUGACACACAUUUUCAACCAUAGCUGACUUACGGACUACAUGUGCAGUUGUGCCACUUAUUAUGCAAUAUAAUCAGAUUUGCACUCUGUAAUUUUCCCAUAUAUCAAAGCAUGGUUUUGUGUGGCUGUUGUGUGACAGUGAUUUUUGUCUUAGUAUUAUCGCAUAGAAAACACAACGUUAAGUUUCCAGUUGACUACAGCCAUGUAUCGAGAUCAAAUUUAGAUUUUAAAAUGGAUCAUCCAAACAAACGUCUCUUUUCAUCAUUUGUCCAUUGUAUAGAUCUUUUUUUUAUUUUUUUUUUAUGUUUCGAUGAGAAGUUUGAAUAAAGACAGUAAUGUCUUGCAGCAAGGGGCUUGUAAUGUAAAUACAUUGGGCCAAAAAUCAGGUAAUUUAGGAAAGAAAUAGAUUAUAGGAAAUUACUUGAUCACCUUGAUUGAUAAUCAGGGCAUGCUAGUUUUAAUGUUGCGUGUGUAUUAUGUUUGAACUUAACAGAGGAUGAUAGUUGUUUUCAUAUGAAAUCUGUUCCAUAUUCCAUUUUUCCAUUUGACUUGUUUCCACCUCUGCCAUGCCAUGUUGUGUUGAGCGUUACAUAUGUGAAAAAAAGUACUGUUGUGAAAUAUGACCCGUUUCAAUAAAACAUGCUUUAUUGAUGUCAGGA